CAUACUCUUCACCUCUCUCAUCUCAUCACUUUCCUCCAUUCAACUCAACUCCUUCUUCAUCAUUCUCAAACUCAAUCAUGUCCCAUGAUCAGCAAAACCAGCCUGGCAUUGCAUCUUCUUCAUCAUUCUCAAACUCCAUCAUGUCUCAUGAUCAGCAAAACCAGCCCGGCAUUGUAUCCAAUCCUGACGGUACGUAUACACGGUUGAUACAAUUACCAAGCACCCCAGCCACACCCGAUCGCAACACCCACUCUCCUGUUCUCUCCAAAGACCUUCCUCUAAACCCUAAAAACCAAACAUGGCUCCGAAUUUAUCUCCCCAAACAAGCCCUUGACAAACCAUCCACCACCCCCAAUCUCAUGCUCAACCUUCCUGUAAUAGUUUACUUUCAUGGCAGUGGCUUUGUCUUCACGAGCGCAGCCUCAACCAUCAACCAUGACUUCUGUGUCAAACUUGCCGCCGACCUCUCUGCCGUAAUCGUCUCCGUCGACUACCGUCUUGCUCCCGAACACCGCCUACCCGCUGCCUACGAGGACGCUGUCGAGACCUUGCAGUGGCUUAAAACCACCCAAGAGAGGUGGCUAACUCAAUUUUGUGAUUUUUCAUGUUGUUUUCUCAUGGGCACUAGUGCUGGUGCCAACAUAGCCUACCAUGCAGGGCUACGUGCAACCCAAGUUAUUGAUGAUCUUCGGCCCUUGAAAAUCAAAGGGUUGAUUUUGCACCACCCGUUUUUCGGUGGGUCAGAGCGGGUCAGGUCAGAGCUUGGGUUGAUUAAGGACCCGUUUUUGACAUUAUCCGGGACUGAUUUUAUGUGGGAGUUGUCAUUACCCAUCGGUUCAGAUCGUGAUCAUGAGUAUUGCAAUCCAACGGUGGGCAGUGGGUCGAGUCAACUACAGCAGAUCCAGUUGGCGGGUUGGCAGGUCUUGGUGACGGGUUGUAAUGAUGACCCGUUGAUUGACCGUCAGAUGGAGUUUGCAAAUAUGUUGAAGGAGAAGGGUUUAAGGACAGUGACCCACUUUGGUGAAGAUCACCACGGGAUUGAGCUAUUUGUGGAGUCUAAAGCUAAGGAUCUGUUUGUUAUUCUACAAAAUUUUAUUACUUCAUCGUGAUUGGAGGGGAAGGUAGUUCAUUUUAAAAAAGAAGAAGAUAAUUAUCGAGUAAUAAAGGUUGUACAUUAUACAUCUUACUUGAAAACAUUAUAAUAAAGAUUGUAUAAUAUUUUUAAAAUUUCUUAAUAUUUACUGUGAGAAGUUUAU